AUGGUUUCUUUCACUAAAUUGGCUGUCCUCGGACUCGCCUCCUCCUCCGUCAGCGGAUUGUCGCUCAUUCCUGCUAUCGAACCUCUCUACAACGAAGUUGUCUCCGUCUUCGGACUCUCCGCCACUCUUGACCAACCAGAGGUCAUUAAAGUCUUCCCUAACCCAGACAACAAGCCAGUCCCAGGAGACUCGCCCAUUGUUCAGUGUGAAGCCUCCGAGCCCCAAAUCUUGAACUUGCAAAAGGUGGUGAUUGACCCCAACCCUCCUAACAGAGGCCAAAACUUGACCUUCACCGCUGUGGGUGUGCUCAGCCAGGACGUCGAGGAUGGAGCCUACGUCGAGGUUGACGUCAGAUAUGGUUUCAUCAAGUUGGUCCACCAGACGUUUGAUUUGUGUGAAGAGAUCACCAAGGUCGACUUGGAAUGCCCCAUCAAGAAGGGUCCCCAGACCAUCAAGAAGACGGUUGAAAUCCCCAACGAGGUUCCCCCAGGCAAGUACAUCAUCAAUGCCAGAGCCUACACCAAGGACGAUGUGUUCAUCACCUGCUUGUCUGCCACUGUGGACUUCCUCCCACCAUCGCUUGAUGCCUGA